AUGCACACUGUUUUUCGUGUCGAUGAUAUCAAGCAAAGUGUCAACAAUGGUCGCCUCUGGAAAGUUCAGUUGACUCUAACUGACGACAAUGAUCCACAACUGGCUGCUCUCACUAGAUGCAUACAAGGCGAACUUUGUGGAUUUUCAGGAUGGCAUCGAUUGGGAGACUUAAUGAUUCAAGUGGGUCACUUCAACCAAGCUGAAGAACUUUACAAUGAAUUACUCAAGAAUGCUUUAAACGACAAUGAUAGAGCACGUAUUUAUCACCAACUUGGAUGGGUGAAAGACGAUCAAGGACAAUACAAAGAAGCUGUUUCGUUUUAUGAGAAAUAUCUCGAAAUCAAGCGAAAAGCUCUCUCUGAAGAUCAUCCAUUAUUGGCUUCUACCUACAACAAUAUCGGUCUGGCGUAUAACAAUAUGGGUGACUACGCGAAAGCACUUCAAUUUUAUGAAAAAGCACAUACAAUUGAAGAAAAAGAUCUGCCUUCGAAUCAUCCUGAUUUAGCUAAUUCUUACAACAAUAUCGGUCUUGCGUAUAACAACAUGGGUGAUUACUCGAAAGCACUUGAGUUUUAUGAAAAAUCACUUAAAUUAAGAGAAAAAACUCUGCCUUCCAAUCAUCCUAGUUUGGCUUCUUCCUAUAACAACAUCGGUGCAGCGUAUUACGGCAAGAAUGAUUACUUGAAAGCACUUGAAUUUUAUGAAAAAGCACAUCAAAUUGAAGAAAAAGCUCUGCCUCCAAAUCAUCCUGAUUUGGCUUCUUCGUAUAACAACAUCGGCCAUGCGUAUAGUGGCAUGGGUGACUACUCAAAAGCAAUAUCAUAUCUAGAAAAGGCGCUUGCUAUUGGGCAAAUAUCACUUCCAUCAACGCAUCCUCUGAUCAAAACAUUUAUGAAUAGUAUUGACUGCGUAAAAAAGAAGUUGUAA